AUGGCUGAGGAUAAAAAAACCUUUGUUGACGAGAUAAACAAAGUGUUGGCGAAGUCUGAAGGGCUUACCUUGAAGGAUCUGCUGUUCUCCUACCAGGGGAUCCCGUAUCCUGUCACAGUGUGCAGUGCAGAAACGUUCAAAGCCCUGGAGAACCUAGAAGCCAGAAGAGAUGAUGUGGUGCUGGUGUCCUACCCCAAAUGCAUCCAGAUACUAGUGCUGUUUCGAAACCCUAAAGAUACAGCUGUUUCAUUUUUCCAUUUCCACAACAGUGUGCCAAGCAUCCCCAGUUACAGCUCCUGGGAUGAGUUCUUCUCAGAGUUCAUGAAUGGGAGAG